AGACAGUGUGAGAGAGCAGUGAACACUGAACCACCUCGUCCAUCAACUUCUCCAGUUUGGUUACUUUGGCCUGGUCUGCCUCUCUAACCCGCAGCUGCUGGUCUCCUCCCCCUUCUCCUCCUCCUCCUCCUCCUCCUCCUCCUCAUCGACAGCAUCAACACACGGAUCCACUGACCUCCUCCAGUUUUCAUCCCCACAGACUCACACUGGUUCCCGGCGUCGCCUUGUAUAAUUUCCUCCUCCCCCCCUCGCUCUCUCUCUGUCUUUUUCUCUCUCUCUCUCUCUCUCUCUCCCUCUCUCUCCCACUGCUGAGACUGCGGAUUUAUUUUAUCCUCGAUUCAUUUUCUUUUCCACGAGUCCUCACCGUCCGCUCUGGUUUGGUUUGGUUUGAUAGAGACUGAGGGGAACUGAAACAUCUGUCUGUCUCUGCAGCUGUCAGUGCUGCAGACUCCUGUGGACUCUCUCCUCUUCUCCUCAUUCCUCCGGAGGAGCAACAGCCUCUCCAGCCGUGCAUCAGUGAGGUGUGAACGUUCUAGACUAAGCAGCAGUCAUGGAUGAGAUGGACCUGCCCCAGAUGAAGAAGGAGGUGGAGAGCCUCAAGUACCAGCUGGCCUUCAAACGAGAGAAGUCCUCCAAAACCGUGACUGAUCUGGUGAAGUGGAUCGAGGACGGAGUUCCUGAAGAUCCCUUCUUGAAUCCAGAGCUGAUGAAGAACAACCCGUGGGUGGAGAAAGGAAAAUGCAUUCUUCUUUAGAGGAAAUCCUGGACCGUGACCAUGCUGAUCUGAUCCUGACCCACCCGCCCCCAUCCCUGCCAGUGAAGGCCGUAGGUGGACAGCGCCUCCUAAUCUCAAAGCGUGAAUGUACAAUUGUUACUGUACCCUAACAACACACACACACACACACACAGACACACACUUCAGCUUCAGACUUUGGUUCUCGUCCUUGACUGCAGCACUUUCACGGUAAAACCAUUUCUGCCACGGCAACCGCGUCACCCCUGUAUGACAAGACUGCAUUGAUCAGUAAUCAAUACAUCAAUAUUCUUUUUUUUUAUCCUUAAUUUGUAUUUAAUCUUAUCAAGAAAAACCGAGGAAGUGAAACAAAAGUUAUGUUUUAAACUUAACUUUAAGAAAUGCUUUUUUGCUCUUUUGUUUGUUCCAACUUUUUUUUUCUGAAUCAUUUCCUUCUGUUAUUUUCUUCUGCUCUGCUCUAGUGUACGAAGGUGAUGCAUUCAAGGACUCAUCAUACUUAUAUAUACUCAUAUAUCAAACACAACGUAGGCAAUCAGAAUAUUUAAAAGCUAUGCAUCCAAAACACAUGAAACUAGUCGAUGUGUUUUUGAACCAUUUUUAGAGAAUUUAACAACUUUUAGCUCCCAACGUCAUUUGCUCUGUAAAAAAAUUAAUUUUGCUUUAGACUAAUGUUAGUUUAUGUCGAAACAGUUACACACUGACUAGUGAGGUUGUGUGUGUGUGUGUGAGCAACCAAUCUGCUGGUCUCUAGUGUUUUCUGUCCCUUUUCCUCCAUAGCUACUGAACCCAAGACAACACACAAACACACACAAACACACAAACACACACACUAGUCAUUACACGUGUACAGACAACGAACCCCUUUAACUUAUUACCUUGUUUGUUUUUAUUAUUUAUUUAUUUAUAUAUUUAUUGAUAGAAACGUUUUUUUUUGUCACAUCGCGUUUGUUACCAGUUCCUGCACUAGUUUCUUUCUUUAACUUCUUUAACCUUAAAAACAAAAACUACAUAUAAAAACGACACCAGACUUUCCUCCACAUCGACUACUGCCUUGUACACACUUUCCUUAAUCUGAGAUUGUAUAUAAGUGGCACGACACUGGGGUCAGCGCUGACCUCAGGACGACUCUGUGAGUGUGUGCACGUGACCCUGUCACUCCGUGUGUAUGCGUGCAUGUUGUUAUAGGAUAUUAAAGUAAAGACAUUCGGGUACUUUGUGGCUGAACAAACACACACACACACACACACACCUGUAUCACCCGGAGCCUCACGUUAUCUCCACACCUGAACGACGCCCGUCUGUGUUUUCUCACUGAAAAUCCAGUUCCUUUACGACUUCCUGCCCGUACAGAACACUGACGAUAACGUGGUGAGGCCGCAGACGUUAGCUCGCAGCUAGCCCCGUCGUCCGCAGCAGUGACACACAGUAGUUUAAUACACUCCUCAGACUACGUCAGUGUGAAGGUGCUGUUACAGACGUAGAUGUCAAACGUUUGGAAAACAACUCAACAACAACCAGCUCCAGAUCACAACUGAUCAUUGAUAACCUGUUUCCAUCAUUCACGGCCUCGAAAUGCCAACGUCGUUUGAAAAGUAGGUGUGUCACACUCCCACCUCUCCCCACUUUAUUAACCCUUUCUUUCUUCUUUAAUCUUUUUGUUGUCAGAGAAGUGAGCUUGAGCGACACCUAGUGAUUUGAUGAUUAAUUGUAGAAAAGAAACCACUUUCAAUGUUUAAAUCUUAUUUCCCCGAUUCUGCCUUGUUCCCUGUUUUAUUUAUUUAUCUCCUGUACCUUUAUUUAGUUCUGUUUGUUUUUUAUAUAUAUAUAUAAUCUGAGAAUGUGUGUAUGUUACAAUUAUUUCUUAACACAUAAAAAAUGUCUCAAUAUCUAGCAACCAAUUCCUUGUCAGAGUGCAUUCGAGAAACUAUUAUGCAUCCGAUGGAGUCCUAAUGUAAAGAUGACUAUGAGCAAUAAAUUAACAAUCUUUUUUUUAUUAAAUGUUUUCCUAAAACAAACGAUGCUGUUGAAUAAAGUAGAGGAUUUUUAGACA